AUUGUGUAAUUUUUUUUCUGAGGAAGGACUCAACACUCCCACUCCCAUUGCAUAAGGUCUGAACUGUAAUCCUUGUGUUACACAUAGCAAGUCACAAGAUAACACUGGGACUUCUCUGGACAUCAGAUAUCAACUGUAUUAGAAACAUCUGUCUUAAAAGGAAAAAUACACAACAACAACAACACUACAACUAGUGAGGGUAGAAAAUCUCCCUAUUUUACAAGCUUAUCCAUUAUUUUUGGGGGUGUUUGUUGUAAAUGUACAGAUACAGCAUAUUUUACAUAUUUAAUGAAUGGAGCGGAAAUUGAAUACAUUCAGUACAGGCAAAUAGAUGUCAGAAUGCCUUGAUUUAAUGGGAGGAGACAUCAACAACGGAAGGAUGUGAUGCAGAGAUUUUCUUGUUUCCUCCCUUUUAAACAACCUCAGCCUCAUUUCAUGGUUAUUGUAAAAUAACCUAAUGUUUAUCAGUUUAAGAGCUUGAAUGCUGUUCUUGUGUUGAGGUUACACUUUCUAAAACUUACUUGCAAUACAUACACAAAACAACAAACAAUAUAUUCAGAGAGCUGUGGCCAUCUCCUUUUGGAGGAUGGACAUUUCAGAUGUAAACUAAAGACAAUACAAGGAAAUAGGAAGCCCCCUGUGCACAGACCAGGUUCCAGAAGUUUCCCAGAAAACUAAUGUCAAAGUCGAGCCACAGGGCUUGUCUAAGUUCACAGCACUGGCCUGGAGCAGUACAUUUGGCCACCUGGGAACUGGAAAGGACAGAUCCAUAGUAAUGGCUGAAGGUAAGACAAUCUAUCUGACCUAAUGCUGAAAAAUAAAAUUGCAUUUAUCCUUUGAUUAAGAUGUAACAUGCACUGUGAUAGUGGAAAGAACAAAAGAAGCAGGAAACAAAAAACUGUUUAUAAUAAUGUCAGUGACUAAUAACCUGAUUCUUUUGUGUCUCAACGGUAUAAUUCAUAUCACAGCAAUACCACUGCGAGAAAAGAAGCAGAGAACUCUACCUCGGUCUGAUGGGUGUGGUCUCAAUAACUUUGACGCUCUGGAUUUGCCUGGAGGCUUGAGGAUAGUUCUGGUGGGAAAGACUGGAUCAGGGAAGAGUGCGACAGGAAACACCAUCCUUGGGAGAGCUGCCUUCAGAGAGGACCCGAGCCCUGUGUCUGUGACCAAACACUGUGAGACACAGAGCGGGGAAGUGGAUGGGACUGUGGUUCAGGUGAUUGACACUCCAGGUCUGUUUGAUACAGGCAUCACAGAGGAAGAAUUAAAAACCAGAAUAGAGGAAUGUGUCAAGAUGUCGGUGCCUGGCCCUCAUGCCUUCCUACUGGUGAUCAGGCUCGGAGUGAGAUUCACAGAGGAGGAAAGAAAUGCUGUGAAGUGGAUCCAGGAUAACUUUGGAGACGAUGCCUCCAUGUACACUAUCAUGCUAUUUACCUGUAAAGAUCAGGCUAAAGCUGACAACGCUCUGAAGGAGUGCAAGGAGCUACGGAGACUCUCAAUAACAUUUGGACGUAGAUACCAUUCGUUCAACAACAAUGACGCAGAUGACCGCAUACAGGUCACAGAGCUGAUCACCAUGAUCAAGGAAAUGGUACAGGAUAACGGGGGAAAACACUACACUAAUGAGAUGUAUGAAAAAGCCCAGAAGAAGCUCAGAGAGGAGGAGGAGCAGAGGAGACAGGAGGAGGAAGAGAAAAAAGAGGAGGAGAGGAAAAUGUGGGAUGCAGAGAGGGAGAUGAAAGAGAAGAAGAGAGAAAAGGAGAAAAAGGUUAAGAAGAAGAAUAUACGUGUGGCUUCAGCUAUUGCUGCUGUGCUGGUGUUAGCAGGGGUGGUUAUAGCAGUGGGAGCUAACUCCACAGUGGCUCUGGCUCUAGGAGCUCCUGUACUCAUCCUGGGAGUCUUGUGUGGUUUAGCUGCCAUUUGCAUGUGGAAAGGCACAAGAUGCAAAGCUAAAGAAGCUGUUUUAGUAUAACCUUGCAGAGGCUAGUAAACAAGGACACAUUUAUCUUUAUCUGAGGUAUGUGACUGAAUACACAGUAUUCGAAAUACAGUAUUAGUGUUUUACAUCUCACUACUCACUGUUAGAGUUAAUCAGUGAAUGAUGCUGUUUUGGCCUUCUCUGCAUUCUGCUGCCAAAAUAAUUAACUUUUGACACAACAUUGCCAUAACAGAUCUAUGUGAAUUUAAUACUGACAGUAAACAAAUGGUAUGAAAUGCAAUUCUUGUUUUCUUUUUGUUUGUUUUCUUUUCACUCAUUUAUUGUUUGGAGUUUAUAUAUAAACCCACAUAAUGCAUUAUACUUGAACAGAUAUUUUUUGGCUUAUGAGAAACAGUUUGAGUCCUAAUAAAUAAUGUUUGUGCUAUA